GGGACAACUGCUGACCGCGGAGAAGGCUUUUGCCAUUACCGCCUACUAUAAUAUUCUGCGCAAUACAAUGACCAUCUAUUUUCCCAUGGGCAUCUCGCAGUUCGCCGAGCUGCUCGUUUCCAUAGGCCGCAUACAAAAGUUUAUGAUGCACGAGGAGACCAAAGUGCGCGACAAGUCCAACGAUCUGAAUGAACAAAAGCUGGGCAAUAAACCGCUAGCCAGCCUGGUAGAGGAGCCAGCGGCGACAGUCACCGGUGUGCUGAAGGCAAGCAGUCGCCGGCCCAGCGAGGCUGAGAGCAGCGUAGUCAUCAGCAAGAUGAAGGCCAAGUGGGACUCAAAGUCGACCGAGUACACGCUAGACAAUCUGAGCCUCACGUUCAAGCCGCGGCAGCUAGUGGCUGUCAUUGGACCCGUCGGUGCCGGCAAAUCCAGUUUGAUACAGACCAUUCUCGGGGAGUUGCCGCCCGAAUCGGGCACCGUAAAAGUGAACGGCACCCUGUCGUAUGCAUCGCAGGAGCCGUGGCUCUUCACUGGCACAGUUCGUCAGAAUAUACUGUUUGGUCUGCCCAUGGACAAGAGCCGCUAUCGUCAGGUGGUGAAAAAGUGCGCGCUCGAGCGCGAUUUUGAGCUGCUGCCGUACGGAGACAAGACAAUUGUGGGCGAGCGUGGCGCCUCCUUAUCGGGUGGCCAGAAGGCACGCAUCAGUCUGGCGCGUGCCGUGUACCGCAAGGCAGAUAUCUAUCUGCUGGAUGACCCGCUCAGCGCUGUGGACACCCAUGUGGGCCGUCAUCUAUUCGAUCAAUGCAUGCGUGGCUAUCUGCGGGAUAACAUUGUACUCCUGGUUACGCAUCAGCUGCAAUUCUUGGAGCAGGCCGAUCUUAUAGUCAUCCUGGACAAGGGCAAGAUCAGUGCCAAGGGUACCUAUGAGUCCAUGUGCAAGAGUGGUCUAGACUUUGCCCAAAUGUUAACCGAUCCCAGCAAGAAAGAUGAGAGCGCCGGCGAUGCGCCCGACAAACGAAAAUUAUCGCAGAUCAGCAAGCGCAGUCGCGCGAACAGUGUCUCAUCCAUGGAAUCUGGCGCCGAAUCUGUGGUCAUGGAGUCACCCAUGCAGACCCAGGAGAACCGCACCGAGGGACGCAUUGGCAUGGGUCUCUAUAAGAAAUACUUUGCUGCCAACGGUUACUUUCUGUUCAUUGUGUUUGCUUUCUUUUGCAUUGGCGCCCAGGUGUUGGGCUCUGGCGGCGACAUGUUCCUGUCCUACUGGGUAAACAAGAAUGGGGAAACGAAUACGGAUACCUUUAUUCACGUCUGCGUCGCUCCUUUAUCCCUGGUGCGCAGUGUGCUCUUCUUUUAUCUGGCCUCCAAGAGCUCCACGACGCUGCAUAACAGAAUGUUCCAGGGUGUGACACGUGCGGCGAUGCAUUUCUUCAAUACAAACCCAUCGGGUCGCAUAUUGAAUCGGUUCUCCAAGGAUCUGGGUCAGGUGGAUGAGAUAUUGCCAUCGGUCAUGAUGGAUGUCAUGCAGAUAUUCCUCUGCAUUCUGGGCAUUAUUGUUGUGCUGUGCAUUGUGAAUGUCUGGUAUCUGUUGGUGACGUUUAUACUGGUCGUUAUCUUCUAUCUGCUGCGCGCCUUCUAUCUGACCACGUCCAGAGAUGUUAAGAGAUUGGAGGCGAUAACUCGCUCGCCCAUCUACUCGCAUUUGAGCGCCUCGCUGAAUGGUCUGGCCACGAUACGCGCUUUUGGCGCACAGAAGGAGCUCAUUGCGGAGUUUGAUAAUUUCCAAGAUUUGCACAGCUCUGGAUUUUAUAUGUUCCUGGCGACAAGUCGUGCCUUUGGCUACUGGCUGGAUUUGGUUUGCGUGCUUUAUAUUGCCAUAAUUACACUCAGCUUUUUCCUUUUCUCGCCAGAAAAUGGCGGCGACGUUGGCUUGGCUAUAACACAGGCCAUGGGCAUGACGGGCAUGGUGCAAUGGGGCAUGCGUCAGUCCGCUGAGUUGGAGAACACCAUGACUUCGGUGGAACGCGUCGUUGAAUAUGAGGAUCUGGAGCCGGAGGGCGACUUCGAGUCCAAGCCGAACAAGAAGCCACCCAAGGAUUGGCCCGAUGAGGGUAAAAUUAAAUUCGAAGAUCUGAGCUUGCGUUACUUCCCCGACAAGGAUGCGGACUAUGUGCUGCGCUCGCUGAACAUUGCCAUCGAUGCCUGCGAAAAGGUUGGCAUCGUUGGACGCACUGGCGCCGGCAAAUCGUCGCUGAUCAAUGCACUGUUCCGACUGUCCUACAACGAAGGCUCCAUUCUAAUCGAUCGCCGUGACACCAAUGAACUGGGCCUGCACGAUUUGCGCAGCAAGAUUUCCAUUAUACCACAGGAGCCGGUGCUGUUCUCCGGCACCAUGCGUUACAAUCUGGAUCCGUUUGACGAAUACUCCGACGCGAAACUCUGGGAGUCACUGGAGGAGGUCAAGCUGAAGAAGGUGGUGGCCGACCUGCCCAGCGGACUGAUGAGCAAAAUUUCCGAGGGUGGCACCAACUUCAGCGUGGGUCAGCGCCAGCUGGUGUGCCUCGCGCGUGCUAUUCUGCGCGAAAAUCGCAUUCUGGUCAUGGACGAGGCCACGGCCAAUGUGGAUCCACAGACAGAUGCCCUCAUACAGAACACGAUUAGGAGCAAGUUCAAGGAUUGCACAGUGCUGACAAUUGCGCAUCGUCUACACACGGUCAUGGACUCGGAUAAGGUUUUGGUUAUGGAUGCCGGACGUGCCGUUGAGUUUGCAUCGCCCUUCGAGCUGCUCACCGUCAGCGAGAAAAAGGUAUUCCACAGCAUGGUCAAACAGACGGGCGACGCCACAUUUGAUGCGCUGCUCAAGGUUGCACAAAAGGCGCAUGAGGAUAAUUUGCGCGCGAAAAAAGAUUCUUGACAUUUCGCUGUGCCGAAGGCUUUUAAAGACUACAUACUUAAGAUACUGGAACCAAUUACGAACCACCCGGCUGCCAAUGCGCGCAUACAAAAGACCUUUCUGUUUGCGGAGGCUUCCAAACAGAAACUAUUGGGGUAGCCCAAGAAUAAGUAAUGCAAAAACACACAACAAAAUAAAAACAAUUAAACAAUUAUAGUUAAGCAAACAAUUUUUGUAACACGCAGAUGUACAAAUCAAAUAUCACUAAAUGUUAGUUGAAUUGAUUAUAGAACUAUAGUACGAAAUGUAUGACAAUAAGCUCUGGUUUGAGCAUGUAAAUCAAAUUGAUAAAAACGAAAAAAAGGGAAAGUUCUAGCUCAACCGCGCAAAAUGUACCUUGAAAGGGUCUCAUUGAAAAAUGAUUAAAAUGUGUUCCAUAUCGACAAUAACAAUGACAAAAUCAAACAAAAAAGAAUUACUAUAAACUGU